AUGGCAAUGACGUCACCAUCCACAACAGCAACAACAACAACAACCUCAUUGCUACUAGCCCCGACAACAUUGGAAACAACAGCGUUUUCAUCGGCCUUACUUGAACGAAGAAAGAACAAAAAAAAUUUACCCCUUCUGAAUUUGACCUGCACUACGAAAAAAGAUCACACGUCGACCACAAAAACCAGUGCGUCUGUUUACUACCAAGACGGCCAACGCAAAGAUGGCGACGCUCAGAACGGCAGCGACCAAAUAAUCUUUUCAGCGCUAACAAGCGAUUCGCGUUGCAAUCUCUCGCCAACACAAACGCGUAAUAUUAAAUACGAUAGUUCUCACUUACACCAGCUACAUCAACAACUACAGCAGCAGCAGCAACAACAACAACAAGAACAUCAACAACAACAAACUUUUCUCAACAGCUAUAUAAACGAUGACGAACUAAAAAACGUCAUACACAAUGGCGGCAGUGGUAACAUCAACUACAACAACAGCAACCGCUUCAGCAACACACCAUCAACAACAACAUUUCCAAUAAAAGUUCUCCAUGGUUUGUACCUGGGCAAUCUACAAACAUCCGCCGACUUGAAUACACUGCAAAAAUUGAACAUCUCAUACAUAGUAAACGUCACCUCUGACCUGCCUAACGAAUUCGAGAACCGAGAAGAGUUCAAGUACUUGCGAAUACCGAUCACAGACUGCAACUGGUCGCAGGAUAUGGACCUUCAUUUCGUCAAUGCCAUCAAGUUUAUCGAGGAAGGCCUGCAAAACCAGCGUAACGUUCUCGUGCACUGCAUAAUGGGCAUGAGUCGUUCUGUGGCGAUCACCCUAGCCUACCUCAUGAAAUCGCAGAGGUUCCAACUGGACGAGGCCUAUGAUUUCUUGAGGGGGUUCAAAUCCAACAUCAACCCCAACCUCGGCCUCAUGGAGCAACUGCAAAGAUUCGGGUCUAAACUGGAUGGGAUGAACGAAGACUCAACAGCUGCGUCUACAACUACUGACUUAUCAACAGCAGCAGCAGCAACAACGACAACACAAACAUCUCAUCACAUGACUACCACAAGCUAUCAUCAUCAUUGUCACAUCAACAACAACUACAAUAACGACAAUAGCGGCAACAUCAACAACCACAGCUGCAACAACGGUUAUAUUAAUUACUACAAUGACGACGACAUCAACAACUAUCGCUGCAACAAACACAUUGCUACUACUUUAGGUUCUGAAACAACAACCGCAACAGCGCCAGCAACAACAACAGUAACAACAGCCGCCGCUUCUCUAGACUCAAUAAUCACGCCACUAACAAGCAGUAAUAGCUGCUGUAGUAACGACUUUCAAAAUAUAGAACAACAACACCAGCAACAACAACAACAACCUCAAAUCGUUUUCAACUUCACGUACACGCCGCCCUCGACGCCACUACACCAGCUUCAUCUGUAG